UAUGACAAAAUAAGGAAACGGAAUUUUUUUGUUUUGUAUUUCUUUGAAAACGCGUGUUCAAAAUCACUUAUUUUUCUCUUUUUAUUCGUACAAAAAUAAUUAUAUGUCGCUAAACGACUUCCGGUUUUUCUUCCGGUUUUCCCCUUCUUAUAUCAGACAGGUCACUGUCACGCGGUAAACAGCAGCAGCAUCUCGGACGAGCAACAGUUUGACUGAAAUCCUCCCAAAAUGGGUCUCUCUUAUGUUAUCAUUGCAGUGGCUUUAUUUUCUAUUACGUCGACACAGUUUAUCCCACCGUUUACAGAAGACUGUCGGGCGGACAUGUAUCCACCAUCGGGCCCCACGUUCAGAGGAGAUGUCAGUUGGUACACGGUGGACCUGGACUCGCCGCCCAGCAAGAGAUGGACAGCUCUCAUUACGGACAAGAAAACUGCUCUGGUCGACAUGAUGCAGGCCAUCAGAGACUUGGCCAACGCUUUUGUUCCCAGUGGAAAGCUGAUUGAGCUCGUUGACAUUACACUGCCGUUUAUGGUGAAUUCACUCCCACACCCUUUUGGCGAAGAAAUCAGAGGAAUUUCGGACGUUUCAGGGAUUCCUCUUGGUGAAGUCGUCCUGUUCAACAUCUUCUACGAGGUGUUCACCGUGUGCACGUCGGUUGUUGCAGAAGACGAUAAGGGUAACCUACUCCAUGGUAGAAAUCUGGAUUUUGGACUAUUUAUGGGCUGGGAUAUAAAAAACAAGUCUUGGAUCAUGAGUGAGAAGCUGAAGCCUCUGGUGGUGAACCUUGACUUCAAGAGAAAUAACCAGACCGUCUUUAAGUCCACGAACUUUGCUGGAUAUGUCGGCAUGCUGACUGGCAUCAAGCCUCACAUGUUCUCUCUGACCAUGAACGAGCGCUUCAGCCUCGACGGCGGAUACAUCGGAAUCCUGGAGUGGAUCCUGGGGAAGAGAGAUGGGAUGUGGAUGAGCUUCCUCACUCGCUCCGUUCUAGAAAAUGCAGAAAGCUACGAGGACGCCAAAGCUCUCCUGGCUCAGACCAAGCUGCUGGCUCCAGCUUACUUCAUCCUCGGAGGAAACCAGACCGGCCAGGGCUGCAUCGUCACCAGGUCCCGAGUGCUCAGUAUCGACAUCUUGGAGAUUGACCUGAAGAUGGGCCGGUGGUACGUCCUGGAGACGAACUACGACCACUGGAAGGAGCCGUUGUUCCUGGACGAUCGCAGAACUCCUGCCAUGAUGUGCAUGAACCGGACCACGCAGGCGAACAUCUCACUGGAGACGAUGUACGAUGUGCUGUCGACCAAACCCGUUCUCAACAAGUUGACGACGUACACCACGCUGAUGCAGGUGUCGGAGGGGAAACUGGAGUCGUAUAUCCGCAACUGCCCAAGCCCCUGCAUGCCCUGGUAACCGCCCAGCCUCUGAUCCCAGAUCAGUUUGUAGAGGCCUACCCGCGACUGAGACUACUGACGCUGAUCGGGAAACGGAUGUGAGGUUGUUGUUCACCGUUUCCACAGCCACCAAAUCGCCUGAACCAAAAGUUUAUCCUGACAUUUAGUUUUUCAGAUGAAUCAAAAGUACUUUGAGAAUAAAUCACACUUGUUUGUCAUGAGGGAAACGGCACAAAAGUGACAAACUUGUAAAUCCCUUGUUAUUUAUAUUGCACUUGUGUCCAGCAGUGGAUCUCUGCGUGGGCGAAGGGAGCUAUGAAUGCUUGCGUGUGUAAUUGAUGAAAUUACUGCUAAAUAUUGUUCCAUGUACGGCACAGUUCUGAAAUCUUCACUCACCAUGUUGUGCCUUCUGCUUUAAUUUUGUUUGUUUUAUCCGGGUUGCAUGACGAGAACGGUUGAAUAACUUGCAGGAAUUGUCUGCUGACCACUUAAUGCACUGGUAUUGAUAAAUCUGCCCUGUGGCGGACCACUCUUGAUCAAGAUGUCUAAUAAAAUAUUUCACAUGAAACGGUU